GACAGCGAAGUCGACGAGGAGGCUGUAGAGGCAACGCUGAGCAAUGUCUCAUUCGGAGCAUUGAAGCAGGCACAAGAGUCAAUAUCGAAGAAGCGAAAGCGCGGAUCAGAUACCAACGCCGAGCAGGAGGACAAACUGGAGGCACUGCGAGCACGGCUACGGCAGAUCAAGGAGCAGAAAGCGUCCGAGCCUGCACCGGCGAAGAAGUCGAAGCGAUCAGAGCCUGCAAAGACGAAGAGACAAGCAGACACAGCACAAUCAGACGACGACUCGGAUUCAGACUCAGGACCAUCUGAAGAAGGCGGACCCAUGAAAUCUCGAUCCUCGAAACACGCACCCGGCGCUCAAUCCUCGAAAUACCAAGUCACUCGCAAGCGCGUAGUCGUCGACGUUCCCAAGCGAGUCAUUCGAGAUCCACGCUUCGACGCACUACAACAACACUCAGCCCACACCGGCGACAGUGAAAAAGCGUACAGUUUCCUCCGCGACUACCAGAAAUCAGAAAUGGAUGAGCUCCGCGCUGCGAUCCGCAAAACCAAGAAUGAAGAAGACAAGCAAGUCCUCCGUCGGAAGCUGAAUAGUAUGGAGAACAAGCUCAAAGCGAAGGCGGAGAAGGAGAGUCAGCAAGAGGUUCUUCGCAAGCAUAGACGAGAGGAGCGCGCGAAGGUCGAACAAGGCAAGACGCCGUUCUACCUCAAGCAGAAGGAUAUCAAGGAGCAGGCGCUGGUGGAGAAGUUCAAGGGUAUGAAGAGCAAGGAUCGCGAGAAGUUGAUCGAGAAGCGGAGGAAGAAGGAGGGUCAGAAGGAGAAGAAGCGUAUGCCCGAGGCGAGG